CCCAAGUGUGAAGGCAGGUGGGGGAGCGGGGAGGAAGCCGGCCCGCAGCCGCCGUCCGGCCCCCAUCGUGUUUGCGCUGCCGGCGCCGUGCGGCGGGGCGGGCGGGGCGGCCGGGCAGGAUUCCGGACGGGGCUCACCCGGCCAGGUGCGUGCGCGGGGCCCCAGACGACACCUGGGCCCGCCCGGGGCCGCGGGCCGGGUGGCCGGGAGGCUGGGCCGCCGCCCCCUGAACGCGGGGCAGCCCCCCACGGCGAGCGCCCCCACUUCUGCAGCGCGGCUCCCCCGGCGCCUGGCGUUGACCUUGACCCGGGCUCAGCCAACCACAGAGAAUAAAGGCUCGGUGGCCUGGCCAGUCCUGCCCUGUAACGCAACUGCCCCUUGGACUGUGCCAAGUGGCUGGCCAGUGCCUCCGCCAGGAUGGACACAAGGACGGUGCUGCUCAUCCUGCAAGCCUUGCUGGUGCUGCCCCUGGCUGAUGGCACUGCCCCCAUCCUGCGCUUUGUGGCUGUGGGUGACUGGGGCGGGGUCCCCAAUGCCCCAUUCUACACAGCCCGGGAAACGGCCAACGCCAAGGAGAUUGCCAGGACGGCGAAGAUCCUAGGCACAGACUUCAUCCUGUCGCUGGGGGACAAUUUCUACUUCACCGGCGUGCAUGAUGCCUACGACAAGCGGUUCCAGGAGACCUUUGAGGAUGUGUUCUCUGACCCCUCCCUCCGCAAUGUGCCCUGGUACGUGCUGGCUGGCAACCAUGACCAUCUGGGCAACGUCUCGGCACAAAUCGCCUACUCCAGGAUCUCCAAGCGCUGGAACUUCCCCAGCCCUUACUACCGCCUGCGCUUCAAGAUCCCACAGUCCAAUGUGACCGUGGCCAUCUUCAUGCUGGACACCGUGACGCUGUGCGGCAACUCGGACGACUUCCUCAGCCAGCAGCCGCAGAGGCCCCGCGACCCACAGAUGGCCCGCACGCAGCUGUCCUGGCUCAAGAAGCAGCUGGCGGCGGCCAAGGAGGACUACGUGCUGGUGGCCGGCCACUACCCGGUCUGGUCCAUUGCUGAGCACGGGCCCACCCACUGCCUGGUCCGCCAGCUGCAGCCACUGCUGGCCACGUACAAGGUCACCGCCUACCUGAGUGGCCACGACCACAACCUACAGUACCUUGAGGAUGAGAACGGCAUCGGCUACAUACUGAGCGGGGCUGGCAACUUCAUGGACCCCUCGAAGAGGCACUUUCGCAAGGUUCCCAGCGGCUACCUGCGCUUCCACUACGGGGUGGAGGACUCCCUGGGUGGCUUCACCUACGUGGAGAUCAGCCCCAAAGAGAUGAGCAUCACCUACAUCGAGGCCUCGGGCAAGUCCCUCUUCAAGACCAAACUGCCCAGGCAAGCCCGGCUCGAGCACUCGUGAGGGGCCGGAGGCAGAGAGACCUCCCUGCCCGGGGGGUGGCGGGCCCCCCUGAGACCCCCGCCCCUGGGCAGGACUUCUCAGGGGCCUGUGGUUCUGCUGAGUGGGAACCACGCUCUUGAACCUGACAUCCUUCCGUUGCUGCCAAAUAUUCAAUAAAAGAAUAGACGUGCCCUGGCCGGUGUGGCUCAGUUGGUUGAGCGUCGUCUCAUGCACCAAAAGGUCGCCAGCUCCGUUCCUGGUUAGGGCCCAUGCUGGGGGUUGCCUGUCCCGGUGGGGGAGCAUGCAGGAGGCAGCCGAUGAAUGUUUAUCUCUCAUCAAUGUUUCCUUCUCUGUCACUUCCUUCCCCCCACUCCCUUCCUCUUCCUUCCUCUUUCUCUAAAAAAAAAAAAAAAAAAAUUGUUACCAAUAAAAACAUUAAAAACAAAAA